AUGGGUGACGCGGCUGCGUCGUCGUCUAUGUCUUCGUCACCGUCCGCUUUCCCCAGGAACCCCUGGAACGCGACCGUGGGCGACUCGGACCACCAGGACCCCUUGUUGGUCUAUCCGGGCGUCCCUUACCCGGACCUCACGCAGCUGCCGGGAGUGUGCAGUGCUUUCGUUUUGUUGUACAUUGUAGUGAUGGUGCUAGCGCUAGUCGGCAACUCGAUGGUGUGCUACACUGUGCUUUCGGACCGCAAGAUGCACACGGCCGUCAACUACUACAUGGUCAACCUCGCGGCCUGCGACUUGGCCGUCGGUGCGUUCGUUCUGCCGGUCAAGCUGAUGGAACUAGCCGGUCCGGCAUCGUGGUCCCUGAUGACAGACUGGCUCUGCACGGCACUGCUUUAUUCCCAGACGGUCGUCGUCUUUGCGUCUGUGUUGACGCUUGUCGCCACCUGCCUGGAGAGGUAUUUGGCCAUUGUGCAUCCACUCGUCUCUAGAGCUCAGCAGAGCAAGGCACGCGCGAAACGCAUCCUGCUGGGAGUCUGGGCCGCCCCGUGCUUGCUGGCGUCGCCGUUCCUCCAGCCCGCGAGGGCCGAGUCCGACACCCUGUGGUCCCAGUACGGCAGCAUCUCACGGAGAAGCUGCCUCAUCACGCUCGAUCCAAGCUUCAGGAGGGCCUACUAUGCGAGCCUAUUCGUGCUGAUGUACCUGCUACCUCUGGCGUUCAUCGGCUGGACGUGCGGCCGCAUCGCCCGCUGUCUACUCAGGGGCAUCGCUCUCACCCGACAGGGUAGUCUGCGCCGACAGGAGGCGAACCGGCGAAAGGUAGCCAAGAUGGUGAUGGUCGUGGCCGCGGCAUUCGCCCUGUCAUGGACGCCAUACUUCCUGGUGUCCAUGUGGACGCAGUUCGGCACCAACUACCUGGAAAAGCAGAACUACUUCUUCACCAUGCUCAGCAUCAACCUGCUUGCGUUCAUCAAUUCGUGCGUCAACCCAUUCAUCUACGCGGCCAUGAGCAGGCGCUUCCGGGGCGGCUUCCGGCGCAUCCUGCUUCCGGUCGCCUGCAUCGGAAGCUGCAAUUCCAGAUCCGGCUGGCCGCCCACCGCAAGGCCUGCGGUUCCCGCCUAUUCAUCGUCGUUCCGGCUUCGCCUCCAUCGGCUGCCGAACGGAACCAGCCUGCUGUCGACUGCGUCCAGUGGGUCGCAGAGCGACACCCAGACGCACUUGGCACUCCCGGGGGCUCACCCCCAGCAUCGAGUGGCGGUGGCGUUGAGGAACGCGAGGCAGGCUAGACUCGCCAACGGCAACGUCCUCAGAGACACGGCCACCACCACGGACACCGGACUGUUCUCGCUCCUCGCCACCAUCACUGCCAAGAACAGUAGUCCAGGUCGACAGCAGUGA